ACAUUAAUCAUUGUAAUAAAAUGCUCUACGGAGAAAAGGAAAGAGUUUGACUGAUUCUCAACAGACUCUCCAUUUUAAACUUGCUGUGGCAGCGUUCAGUUACUUUCAUUGACUCUCCACCCAACCUGACACCACACAUGGAUCCGCCAGAAGGCAAGGAUCCAUUCUCUCCAAAGAGCUCAUUCCAACUCAUCCUCAUCAUCAUUGGGACGAGGCUCAACCUCGACCAUCUUCACCACACCUGCCACCGCAGGUGCAUCAUGGGACCUUUGAUUCAGCAAGUCUGUUUGUUAACAUUCCUCAUCCUCUUUAAUGCCUGUUCAUCUGUUGCAGAUAAGCAGCUUGUUGUCCCUCCUGACCCUGUAGUUACCUCUGCUGGUCAUGAUGUCAUCCUUCCCUGUCACCUGUCUCCUCAAACCAGUGCUGUUAACAUGGAUAUCAGGUGGUUUAAGGAAGGAGAAUUCGCUAGCCCCCUGUACCUGUAUGAUGGUGGAAAGGUAACAGAGGGGAAAGGCUAUGAGGGUAGAGUGAGUGUGUUCACUCAGGAGUUGGAGAAAGGCAAUAUAUCACUGCUGCUGAAUAAUGUCAUGGCUUCUGAAAGGGGAAUCUACAAAUGCCAUGCCAGCUACAUGGACUGGAUUCAGGAACUGCCUGUUGUGCUACAGGUUAAACAGCAGGGCAGUGUCCCCAGGAUCUCCAUGAGGAAGCACCACAGAGUGUUCAUCCAGCUCAGCUGUAGCUCAGAGAACUGGUACCCAGAGCCUGACAUGUUGUGGACAGACAGCAGUGGGAAGGAGAUCACCUCAGCAGAGACAGAGAGACCCAAACAGAAGGAGGGGGGCGUCCUGUACUCCAUCACCAGUCACAUGAGAAUAGGGAUGGACCAACUGGAGGGGGUCACAUGUGUGGUGAUUUCACAGUACCAGGGAACCAAGAUGGAGUCUAAACUGCAGAUGACUGUUGCACAUCCCUGCUGUAGACCAAUGCCCUUAACAAGUGGUCCAGGGUCCAGGGGAUGUUUGUUCAUCAUGUUAGUAAUGUGUAAAGUUCAGACUCAAGAGGAAUUCUACAUGAGCAGUCUGCCUGACAGGGUGUAUAUCUCUGCAUUUAUGAUUCCUGUGUUUUUGGGACUGCUGUGUAUCACUGCAUCUGUGCUCUCCUUAAUCCAUCAGAGAAGAGUUGUUCGAGAAAAACUGAAGCCUUUGGACGAUAUGAAUACAAAAUUAAAAGCUAUGGAUCAAGAGGUCAUCAAAAAGACAGAGGAACUCACUUAUAAGGAUAAGUUAAUGGGAAUUACUGAAACAAUCCCAGACUCUGUUUGGAGCUUGAUGGUUGAUCAUGCAGUGGAUGUGACUUUCGAUCCUGACACUGCACAUCUCAGACUAUCUUUAUUUGAUGAUAACAAAUCUCUCAAAUUUGGAGAAUUAAACGAAAAAAAGGAUUGUGAGAAUUUCAAAGAAAAAGGCAAAGGAAGCGGCAGCAUGAAGUUUAAAGAAGAAAACAAAGAAGAAGACACAGAGCGUUUUGGAGGAAAACCUACAGAAAAUAGUAGGUUAAAUGUUUCAGGAAAAGACAAAGACAAGAAAACUGGAAUAUUUAACAGGAUGAUGAAAAAAGGACAAAACAACAAAGGUACUCUGAAGGUUGAGGAAGUAGGCAAAGAAGAGGCCACUGAGAAUUUAGAAGAAAAAUGCAAAGGAACUAAAAUUAGGUUUAAUCAAAAUACGUGUGUCUUGGGAAAGGAAGGAUAUGACAAAGGUACACAUUACUGGGAGGUUGACCUGGGGAAGAAGAGCCAGUGGAGUGUUGGGAUCGCUCAGGAAACAGAGAAGAGAGACAACAUCCAAAUGUAUCCAGAUACUGGCUUCUGGAGCAUAUGUUACAAAGAUGGAGAACUGAAAACAGUUGAACCGUCUUCCACUUUCCUUCCCAUUGAACUGACACCUGAGAAGCUGGGAGUUUUCAUGGACUAUGAAGGGGGACAGAUAACAUUUUUCAACGUGGAGAAGAAAUGCCACAUACACUCCUUCUGUGGCAAGUUUACUAAGAAACUCUAUCCAUUCUUUGGUCCUUUGAUUGAUUGUAAAGAGGAACUCAAAAUCUCACCUGUGGUAAAAAGAGACAAACCCUCAACCUCCAAGAACUGUUAGUGUAAAUAAUGGAAGAUGACAAAGUCAGUGAAAACAGAAAGGUAUUUAGAACCCAAAGUAUAUUAUAGACACUUAAAUUUAAGAUGAAAAUGUAAAUCCUAAAAUGUUGUUUAGCAUGAAAAGUUAAAGCCGGUGCGCCUGGUACCUUCUACCAUACCCCGUUCAAAUACACCUCAGUCUUUUGUCUUGCCCAUUCACCAUCUGAAUGGAACACGUACACAAUCCAUGUCUUAAUCGUUUUAGGAAGAAGGAUUUUUAAGCAUUGUCUCCCACUUUCAUCUAAACUGGUAUAACAGGUGACAUCAAUAAGGGAUUAUAGCUUCACCUGGAUUCACCUGGUCAGUCUAUGUCAUGGAAAGAGCAGGUGUUCUUAAUGUUUUGUACACUGUGUUAAUCUAUUUAAAUGUAAAGUCGCAGUUGUUUUAAUUACAAUAUGUAUGACAAUAUAGAAUAAUUGACUCACUCACUGUAAUUACGUGUAAUAUUCUGUUUAAAAGCUUUUCACUCACAUUUUUACAAAAUCUGUAAAAAUGUAAACAGUUUUGUGACAAUAAAAAAAGGCAUUUUAAUAAAAA